AUGUCUCUCAGCGGCAAAGUCGCCAUCGUCACAGGCGCCUCCAAGGGCAUUGGCCGCGCAACAGCCGAGCGCUUGGCUGCUGAUGGCGCCUCUGUCGUUAUCAACUACCUCUCGGAUAGCAAAGCCGCCGACGAGGUUGUGUCCAAGAUUGGCGCCGACCGCGCGCUGGCCGUGCAGGCAGAUGCCUCCAAGGUUCCCGACAUUGAGAAGCUUGUCGCAGCAGCGGUAGAGAAAUUUGGCCGGAUCGAUAUCGUGGUACCAAAUGCGGGCGUCAUGGGCAUGCACGACCUGGCGCAUACCACCGAGGCCGACUUCGACCGGCACUUCAACCUCAACGUCAAGGGCCCGCUGUUCCUCGUUCAGAAAGCCGUCCCGCACAUGCCGCCCGGCGGACGUGUCAUCUUCGUGUCGACGGGCCUCAACACGUCGACCAAUGUGACGCCGGCCUACCUGCUGUACGUCGCCACCAAGGGCGCCGUCGACCAGAUGGUUCGGGCGCUGUCAAAGGACCUGGCGUCCAAGGGCAUCAACGUCAACGCCGUUGCGCCAGGCCCGACGGGGACAGAGUUGUUCUACCGCGGCAAGUCUGAGCAGCUGCUUGGGAUGCUGAAGAAGCAAAGCCCCUUUAACAGGUUUGGUGAGCCGGAGGAGAUUGCUGGUGUAGUGGCCUUCUUGGCUGGAGAGGACAGCAAAUGGGUCUCGGGGCAGGUCUUGAGGGCUAACGGGGCUAACAUGGUGUGA